AUGGCUCUUCGGGUUUGGCCAGUUCUCCUCCUCCUGGCCUUAACCUUUGCCUUGGUUGCAAAGUCCACCGCUUCCUUCGACGACGUCAAAUGGAGCUUUCCCCACAUCUCCAACAGCGGUGGCUGUAACGGCCUCGUUGGGGACUGCAUUGGCACGGAAGAUGAAAUGAUGAUGAGCUCAGAGGCCUCCCGUCGAGGCCUUGCCCAAGCCCGGAGGUACAUCAGCUACGGCGCACUCAAGAAGAAUAACGUGCCGUGCAGUCGUCGGGGACAAUCUUACUACAAUUGCAAUGGCAGCGGGAAGGCCAACCCUUACAAGCGUGGUUGCAGCUCCAUCACGCGUUGCGCCAGAACCACUAAUUAA